AUGCGCGCAUUGAAUAUUCAACGAUAUUUCAGCAUGUAUAUUCGUGGACAAUUCUUCGACAUUUGGCUAUUAGUUAUCUUGAUCAAUUGUAUCAAUGCUGAACGGCGACCAGUGCCGAAACGUGUCACUGCUGAGUAUGGCUCCGAUCUUUCUCUCUCCUGUACAUUUCAAAAUCAAGACAGUGAUGAUACAAUCGUUCAAUGGUUAUUUCAAAAUGUAACUGACUCCAUUCACCAUAAACCGAAAAGUCACUGGCGCCCAUUAUUUCUCAACACUCAAUCGUUAAUACCACGCGAGACACGCUAUAGUAUUCAACAAAAAAUUCGACAAAUUAAUCAAACAUUUCUCGAUCAUACGACAAUAUUAACAUUAUCCAAAGUAACCAAUUCAGAUGAAGGUCUCUAUAUGUGCAAAUCACUUUUACCAAGAACUAUUCAAAUGACAUAUCAAGUUCGAGUCAUACAAAGUCUCGAUAUCAAUCCUAAACAAAUAUUCAUUCCGCCGAAUGAAAUCGGCCAAUAUUCCAUUCAGUUGAAUUGCAUCUUGAAGGAUAAUCACACAAAUCGGCGUCACCAUGAGAUUUAUUGGUGGCAUAAUAAUAAACGACUUGGCUCGCGAACAAAUCGUUAUGCACGAAUUGUUAAAAAUAUCACUCAGCAAACCUUGAUCUCGACCUUAUUCUAUACAGGUGAUCCGGCCGUUAUCACCGGGAGUUAUGUUUGUGAAUCCGAACCCUUGAAACGAUACAUUUCAGUUGAAUUCAAAACAAAUCGUUCGACAAAUUUGUUCAUCAGUUGGAUAUUGAUGAUUCCAGUUUGGAUAGUGCAAUAUCAAAACUACAAUUAG